AUUUUCAGUUCAAAACACUAUCUCACAAAUAAAUAAAUAACAACCUUUUAGUGUGUGUGAUCAUUUGUGAAGAAAAUUGUAAGGAAAUAUGAUGAAGGGAAUGUUGUCAAAAAUAGCAGCAGGAAAUGGGCAUGCUGAAGAAUCUGCUUAUUUUGAUGGUUGGAAAGCUUAUGAAAAUGACCCUUUUCACCCUCUUAACAAUCCCAGUGGAGUUAUUCAAAUGGGUCUUGCAGAAAAUCAGCUUUGCUUUGAUUUGGUGAAAGAAUGGGUUCUGAAAAACCCUCAUGCUUCUACUUGUACACUUGAAGGUGUUGAUAACUUCCAGGAUAUUGCUAUCUUUCAAGACUACCAUGGCUUACCAAAAUUUAGAAAUGCUGUGGCUGGGUUUAUGGAAAAAGUGAGAGACUAUAGGGUGACAUUCGAUCCUAACCGCAUAGUAAUAAGUGGUGGAGCAACCGGUGCCCAUGAAUUAAUGGCAUUUUGCUUAGCUAACCCCGGUGAUGCUUUCCUGGUUCCUACACCCUACUAUCCUGGAUUUGAUCGAGAUUUAAGGUGGAGAACAGGGGUACAACUCUACCCAGUCGAAUGUCACAGCUCAAACAACUUCAAAGUAACAAGAGAAACCUUAGAAAAAGCCUAUGAAAAAGCUCAAAAAGAGCAUAUUAUAGUGAAAGGCUUACUAAUCACUAGUCCAUCAAACCCAUUAGGGACAGUUCUUGACAGAGAGACCUUAGAAAGCAUAUUAGCUUUCACCACUGAAAGAAACAUUCACUUAGUAUGUGAUGAGAUUUACGGAGCAACUGUGUUUGGUUAUCCUAACUUUGUUAGCAUAGCCGAGAUAUUGAUAGACCAAAAACAUAACCUGGAUCUCAUACACAUCGUUUAUAGCCUCUCAAAGGACUUAGGUUUCCCUGGCUUUCGAGUUGGGAUUGUGUAUUCUUACAACGAUGACGUUGUAAAUUGUGCUAGGAAAAUGUCGAGUUUUGGCCUUGUUUCAACCCAAACACAAACUCUUAUAGCAUCCAUGCUCUCGGAUGAUGACUUUGUCGAAAAAUUCUUGAUUGAGAGUAGUAAAAGACUAGAAACCCGACACAAUUUAUUCACUUGGGGAUUUAACCAAGUCGGAAUCCAAUGCUUAAAAAGCAAUGCUGGACUCUUUGUAUGGAUGGACUUAAGGCAACUCAUUCACCAAAAUCCAACUGAGGAAGGAGAGCUAGCUUUGUGGCGCGUAAUUAUCAAUCAAGUUAAGAUUAAUGUGUCACCCGGAGGUUCAUUCCAUUGCAAAGAAGCAGGGUGGUUCAGGGUAUGUAUUGCUAAUAUGGAUGAUGAAACUAUGCAAGUAGCUUUGAAAAGGAUUAGAACUUUUGCUUCACAAAAGAUUGCAAAACCUGUUACUCAUGCAAAGAUGAAGUGUUUUCAAACCAAUCUUCAACUCAGGUUAUCUGCUAGAAAAUUGGAUGACUUAAUGGGGGUUUCUCAAAUUGGAUCCCCUCAUUCUCCACUUCCUCAGUCGCCCCUUGUUCGUGCUCAAAACUAAGUUUAUUUGAUGAACAUUGGUAUGAUGUGAAAUAAAACUGUUGAUGAUCAAUUAAAAUGGAUCAAGAGUAUAUUGGGUUAUAGAGUGUGUGUGUUUGUAUAACCUUGAUUGUAGAUCAUGAA